UUAAUAACCGCCGCUGUGGAGGGACUCAUCCUACAGCCACUGUCAUCUAAGAGGGAGCAGAGGCCGACUGCACCCGUGAAGCUCAAAUACGGCGAUGCCAGCAUUUCAAAUGUCACCCGGGACGAUUCGCCAAACCCUUCGUCAAAGUCCAAUGCGUCUUUUGAGAGUUUUGGUAUAGUUGGCUUGAUUACUGUCCCUCCCGAGAGCUAUCUGGUCUCGAUUACGCAACGUCAACAGGUCGCCGUCAUCCGCGGCCAACCUGUUUAUGUCGUAACUGAAGUUGCGCUCACUCCUUGCAGCUCGCAAAACCAGGCCACCGAAGCCAUCAACAAAACUGUUGCUCAUAUCAAGCAGGCAAGUCUGGCAGAAGGCGAUGGUGCCGAUAGCGACAGCGACGACCAAACCUCGGCGCCCAUCCCCUAUGACAUCGACGAUGAUGUGGAAGACACCACCGGCCCCAAGAAGGGCCACAAGUCCACAACGAGCGUCGCAUCGGACGUCAUGAAGCAAAAGGGCGGAUACGGGAGGUUUGCGCAGCGGUGGUUCAGCAAAGGCGGUUGGUUGGAAGACCAGAAACGGAUGAUGGGUCUGAGCAAGAGCGCUGGCAGCUCAGACAGCACAAGGGACGAUAGCAAGGCGGGUGGCGUGCCAACAUCCGAGGAUCCUGUCGACGAUCCAGCGGAUGCAGUCAAGACUGUCACUCAAGGCGCAGUGGGAGGUGCAGCAUCGCUACUACCCAAGCUCCUCCGAACCUCGCAAAUCUUGUUCGGCGCCUCCAGGAGCUUCUUCUUCAGCUAUGAUUAUGAUAUAACUCAUAGUCUUGCAUCUCAAGAUCGCGGCCAGGAUCUCAGUGCGUCUGCAUCUGGCGAGCCGCUGCAUUCCAAGGUCGACCCGAUUUUCUGGUGGAAUAGACAUCUCCAACGUAUGUUCGUGGAUGCGAGGGCCGAUGCAUUAGUCUUACCGUUGAUGCAGGGUUUCGUCGGACAGAGGUCGUUUGUCGUCGAUAGCGAUCCACCGCCAGUCGAGGAGGUGGCCAGGGGAUCGCUCGAGCUGAACGACAUGAGACCGAAGUCGGGUAUGGCAACACCUAUGAACGAGAAAAAGUCUGCAGAGCUCAUGAGGUCUUCAGAAAGGCGGUUUGACAUCACAGUUAUUUCCAGGCGGUCAGUCAAGCGAGCUGGACUGCGGUACCUGCGGCGUGGUAUCGACGACGAUGGAUACGCAGCCAACUUUGUCGAAACGGAACAGAUUCUCUCUCCCGUUGACUCGGAUGAAUCUGCACAAGUCUUUUCUUUUACGCAAAUCAGGGGCAGUAUACCACUGUUUUUCAAGCAGUCGCCGUACUCAUUGAAACCGGCACCUGUGAUACAGCACUCUCAAGAAGCCAAUUACCAAGCGCUUAGGAAGCAUUUCACCAUGCUCAAGAAGCAUUAUGGAUCUGUGCAAAUAGUAAACCUCGUCGAGAAGCACGGCGUCGAGGCUAGUAUCGGGGAGCAGUAUGAGGCAGGCGUGAAGAGACUCAAUGAAGAAAGUGGACCGGAUGAGGUUGUUCCGUUUGAGUGGUUCGAUUUCCACUCAGUAUGCCGAGGCAUGAAGUUUGAACGUGUCAGCGAGCUACUGGACAUUCUUGGCCGAAAGCUGGAAGAUUUUGACAGCACUGCAGAGGCCAACGGGGAGGUUGUGACGACCCAGAAGGGCGUAUUCAGAACCAACUGUAUGGACUGUCUUGACAGGACGAACGUAUGUCAGAGUUCUUUUGCCAAGUUCAUGCUCGAUCGCCAGCUGGCAGAGCUGGGAUUCGACAUGUCGGCGCAAAAAGACCAAGAAAACUCGUGGUUCAAUACGCUAUGGGCGGACAACGGCGACUCGAUCUCGAAGCAGUAUGCUUCUACAGCUGCAAUGAAGGGAGACUAUACAAGAACGAGAAAGCGUGACUACCGCGGCGCUUUGACGGAUAUUGGUCUGUCAGUGACUAGACUUUGGAGCGGCAUGAUCAACGACUUCUUCGUCCAGACAACCAUCGACUUCCUCCUCGGCAACGUAACCGCGCUAGUCUUUGAGGAGUUUGAAGAGAACAUGAUGACUCAGGAUCCGGCCGUUUCCAUGCAAAAGAUGCGAGAACAGGCCAUAGAGCUUUGCCAGAAACGCGUGAUUGCAGAUGAGAAAGAGGAGUUCAUCGGCGGGUGGACUAUGCUGGCCCCGCAGGAACCAGAUGCAUUUACGCUGAUUGCUCAGCCUCUUGAGGAGGUUGUGCUUUUGCUGACUGAUGUCGCACUAUAUCUCUGCAGGUUCGAUUGGAAUAUGGACAAGGUUUCCUCCUUCGAGCGCGUCGAAUUUCCCCACAUCCGCAAAAUCAGGUUCGGACCUUAUAUCACGUCUACAAUGACAGCUGCGCAGACGGAUGAGUCAAAGAACCAGGGAAUCUUAAUCUUUUAUACGCCAGGUUCCAAGGACACUAAACGAGUGAAUACCAGAUCCCUCUCGACUUCCAAGCUGGAUGCAGCCGAAAAGAAGGAGGGGACCGGCGGACUGGGGAGCAUAUUCUCCAUGCGGCCAUCCCAACCGGCUGAGAAGAAGAUCGCCCUGAAAGCACUGCAUUCACGGUCUUCGCUAGCUGAUACUAGUGGGGGCAACGGGCUCACCGAGAUCCAACAGGUGGUGAGCAUCAGCGCGCAGCUGGAGCGGCUGGUGCGGCUCAACAAGCCUCAGCCGGCUGGUGAAGAAAAGGAGAGCGUGCUCGAGAGUGGUGAUAUUGUUUCAGUAGCUGAGGCGAGGAAGAACGAGGGCUUGUUAGGGCAGCUGGGAUACUCGAUCAAGAAGCUCGUUUGGGCAUGA